GUGUUCCCACAGCACACAACGGCGGCGAAAAGGGGGAGCUGCGCCGCCGGCGACCUCAAUCGGCCCCGGCCCCGGCCCCGGCAGCCGCCCACGAUUCGAGGAAUCUGGGCAACUGAUGGAGCAACCCAGUUCCAGUCAACAUGGUAUUGCUGAGGACAUCUAUCUUGCACCCAUUCCUCAACCUUCACAGUCAUUACAUUACCUUCCUACGAGAGUAGUUUGUACACUAUCACAGGGAUCUAAUGUAAUUAGCAUGGACUUUCAUCCUUCACAUCAUACGCUACUACUAGUUGGAUCUGCUAAUGGUGAAUUUACACUUUGGGAGAUUGCUACACACGAGAAGCUGCUCUCUAAGCCCUUCAAAGUCUGGGACAUGCAAGCAUGUUCAACACAAUAUCAGAGUGUCAUGGCUAAAGACUCUUCCAUUGCCGUUAAUCGAGUUACAUGGAGCCCUGAUGGGGACUUGAUUGGAGUUGCAUUUACGAAACAUUUGAUCCAUCUCCAUGCAUAUCAGCAUCCAAAUGAAGCACGCCAAGUUAUAGAGAUUGAGGCUCAUUCUGGAGGAGUUAAUGACAUAGCCUUCUCCCGGCCAAAUAAGCAACUUUAUGUUGUCACAUGUGGAGAUGACAAGCUGAUAAGGGUCUGGGAUAUGCAUGGACAGAAAAUAUAUUCAUUUGAAGGGCAUGAGGCACCUGUGUAUUCUAUUUGCCCUCAUCACAUGGAAAAUAUUCAUUUUAUUUUUUCAAUUUCCUUUGACGGGAAAAUUAAGGCAUGGCUUUAUGACAAUAUGGGUUCUAGAGUGGAGUAUGAUGCUCCAGGAAAAUGGUGUACUGCAAUGCUCUAUAGUGCCGACGGAACUAGGUUGUUCUCAUGUGGAACAAGUAAAGAGGGAGACUCACAUUUAGUUGAGUGGAAGCAAAGUGAAGGAUCUAUCGAAAGGACAUAUUCUGGAUUCCGUAAAACACCAUCUAGUGUACUGCAUGGUGUCGUGCAGUUUGAUACAACUCAUAAUCACAUUUUAGCUGCCGGUGAAGAGAACCGAAUUAAGUUUUGGGAUGCUGAUAACACCAACAUGCUUACCUGCAUUGAAGCUGAUGGAGGCUUGCCGAGCUUUCCGCGGUUAAGGUUCAAUAAAGAAGGCAAUCUUCUUGCUGUUACUACAGUAGAGAAUGGCUUUAAGAUACUUGCAAAUACUGAUGGGCUCAGGUCUUUAUUGGCUUUUGGUGUGGGUCAUGUGGCUACAAUGUCAGAAACUCGAGACCAAGCCAGAAAGGUUCGAUCCAUCUUACCUGAGGAGUCAACCCCAUGCAUUGGAGUCUCCACGAAUGAUUCUGAUGUGAUGGCUGCAUGUGGUGGAAAGGUAUCCAAAGUCCUCGACGAUGAUGACCUUCUUAGGGAGAUUAUCGUCCGCGUUGGCUUCUCCACCACUCUUGUCCGUGCUGCCCUUGUCUGCAAGCGAUGGUACCACCAUGCCUCCGAACCCGCCUUCCUCUACCAUUUCCAUGAGCGCCACCGGUCCCGCCUCCUCGGCUUCUACCUCGAAGACAAGGAGGGUCAUAAAGUGGCUUCCAUUCGCUUCUUCCCAAUGCUACCUCAGCCCCCAGAGCUUGCUGCCGUCAUCCGCCGUGUGGUGAGCUACAGUUUGGAGUCCUACCGUGGUGCGCCAGCCAAAUUCCUCUGCUCCUGGAGCAGCAGAGUCCUCAUCAGCUUGCACAACCAGAAUAAUCACAACAAAUUUACAGUUGGGGUGCACAAUCUUUUGUAUCCUGAGAGAGGCCUGGUUGUCGUCCCACCAUGCCCACAUGUCCAAAUCCAGGAUGUCUUUUACCGCAAUCUCCUCCCGGUAGACGAAGUCGAUGGCUUGUCCUACUUGCAUGUUUCAGUGGUGUCUAACAUACAGAUAACAACAUCAACAGUGCACGUACAUAUACUGCGACAUGAUGAUGGUGUGUGGCGCAUGUAUCAUACCUUCGACAUAGACCAGCUCCUUGAUCUGCGACAGGAACCAAAAGCUGUGCUUGCUAACAAUAAAAUCUACAUAGCGAGCGCCCAGAAGGACAUUGUUGUCUUGGAUUUGAAUGCCUCGAGCAUCUCCACAGUUCAGCUCCCGCAAGGGGUGGAGUAUGGUGAUAGAGAUAUCAUGUUGGCACGGGCUGAUGAUGCUUCUGGUGUGUAUGUCAUCCAUGUCAAGAAGAUUCAACUUCACAUUUGGCUACACAAGGGGGACAACUGGUUGCUCGUGGACACCAUUUGUUUGCGUGACAAGGUUGCUAAUUUGAGGAUCCCAGGGUGCGAGGUUGAGGAUGAGCACAAUGCUCCUCUCCAGAUACACCAUGUAGGUGACUAUGCUGAGUUUGUGUUCUUGGAGAUGGGUCGAUGCGCGCUACACUUAGAUGUCAAGUCCAUGCAGUUGCGUAAAGUGUAUGACAUGACGGAAGAAGAACUGCAAUUGGGUGACAUCCAUCCUCUUAUGAUGAUCUGGCCUCCCAAAUUUCCUGUGCUCAAGGAUAAUCCUGCAAGCAAUGCCGUGUGAAGAAGGAUGAUAUACGCAAGCAUUUGGAUGGUCAGCGACCACGAGGAGCAGAGAACUGUAUUUCCUUAAUCAGUUGCAGUUCUAACUAUCUUUAGUAUACUUGUAGCUGAUUUAUUAGAUGCUAUGUAAUCGGAACAGGCAUUCCUAUGUUAUGGUACCACGACUGUUUGUGACCAAGAUCUUUGUUUCAUGCACAAGACUCUGUGUAUAUUUGUUUGGUAGCCAUCCCGUCUUGUGUCUGCUUAUGUCAGUCUUGUUGCUUGACUGGAUUGAAGAGCAGAGAGCUACUUGAUUGCUAUGUAUUGUGCUUGGCUGAAUUGAAGAAACUGCAAGGGGGAUUCACUGUCCCAGAGAUGUUUCUAUCACGAGGACAGACAAAAUAGCAAGAAUGAAACAAACAGAGCAGCGAGCUGCAUUCCUCGGUAGAGCUGAUCGACCGAAGAAUUAUCUGACUGCAGAAUUGUGUACUAGACGGCCAAGGGGUUCUGUUUUGCUAUACUUUGUUGUGGUAACCAUUUAUUUGCUCAUGAUCAUGCUCCUGCCAAGCUCACUUUAUUAGACAGCAGAGUUUUGCAUAUUAGACUGCAGAAUUUUGUGUUGGUUCAGGAGGUGCUCAGCUGUGCUUUAUUGGCCAAGGGUGUCAUGUGACUGGAGAAGAUGUUAUGUAACUGGUUUGCAUUUUUCCA